AUGGCAUCUCUUCCUUCGACGUACAAGGCUUGGCAGAUCGUCAACUCUGGCCAGCCAAUGGUGCUCAAAGAAUUACCACUCAAGCAGCCUGGUGCAGUGCCCAGUGGUGAAUUUCUCUCCUUCAAAGAUCUCGUUCCAGGCCAUGAGACGGUGGGCGAUGUUGUUGCCGUUGGCGAAGGAGUCACUCGAUUCAAGGGCGGCGAGCGUGUCGGCGGACCGUGGCAUGGAGGCCACGAUGGAACUUGUCGCACUUGCCAGCGCGGACAGUUUCAGCACUGUGAGAACCAGGUAAUCAACGGCUUGACCAAGGACGGCGGCUUCGCACAGUACGUCAUACUUCGCGAGGAAGCCGCGGUCCGUAUUCCUCGCGAAAUUGACCCUGCCGAGGUCGCGCCCCUUCUCUGCGCCGGCGUCACUGUCUUCAACGGAAUACGAAACAUGGAGAUCAUCCCUGGCGGCAUCGUUGCUGUAUUGGGUGUUGGAGGCCUUGGUCAUCUGGCCGUGCAAUAUGCCAGCAAGAUGGGCUACAGGACCAUUGCUUUGAGUUCUGGAGACUCCAAGAGGGCCUUUUCCAGUGAACUUGGGGCGCAUGAGUACAUUGACACCAAGGCGGAGAAUGCCGUUCAACGGCUUCAAGCUCUGGGCGGGGCUGACAUGAUUGUCGCUACGGCGCCCAACCCCAAGCUUAUUUCGGAAAUGGUAGCAGGUCUCGCGCCGAGGGGAAAGCUUCUUGUCGUGGCAGCUUCCGGAGCGGCCGAGGUCAAUCUGAGCCAGAUCAUCACCGCAGGAACCUCGGUACAAGGUUGGGCGACCGGGCACGCAUUAGACUCUGAGGAGGCUAUCGACUUUGCACAAAGGCAUGGGGUCAAGGCCAUGGUUGAGAAGUUUUCGUUUGAUAAGAUGCAAGAUGCGAUGGAUCACAUGGUGUCAGGCAAAGCCCGAUUCAGAGCUGUUCUGUCUAUGGUGUAA